AUGAUAGAUGCUUAUUAUGCCAAGACAGAAAUUCAGCGUAAAAUUGAUCAGAUGUUUUCUGUUCGUAGAGGAAAACUCCAAAAUAUCCUUCAAUUAUUGAGUCUUCGUGAAGCAUCAACUUCACUUUCUUCUAGCGCUUUACGUAACUGGCCACAUUGUUUUCUUCAAAAUAAGAAAUGUAGGGAAGUAAUACCAGUAGGAGGACAGAUUUCCAAUGCCUUGGUUUAUCCAGAUAACAAUUCACUUUAUGCAAUCAGCUCAAAUUCUCUUCAAACUUUUACCUUCAAAUGGAUUACGUGUGAAUCAUUGGUUAAAAAUCUCCAGAAAUUUGUGUUAUCCGAAGUUAAUGCAAUCUUUCCUAGACAACUUGGUUCCCUUCGUUUUCUUGACUUUCGUUGGCGUACUCCAGGAAAAGAACUCGCUUUGCUAACUGAGAAUACCUCAGGAGGUGCUUUAAUAACUCUUGAAGUUUCAGAUGAAACUCAUACAAUGACUUCACAGUUGACCAUUCCAUUUAAUCCUUCUCUUUUUCGCUUCACUUCACCGUAUCUAAUACCUGAAGGUGAACAUAAUCUGUACAGUUCUCGUUCUGUAACUGUGUUGACCAGAAAGGAAGUAUUUAUCAGCAACUAUAAUUAUCAUACUCCUUUAUGUGUACUUAAUUCUGACAGUCAUUUGCCUAAACGUAACAGAAAAAAAUUAUUGUUUACAGCAUGUUGUGAAGCUUCACUAUGGAAAUCAUAUGAUCCUGAAACAAAGUGUAUCGAAUCGGUUAAUGGUCGACAAUCACUUAUGUAUGUGGCUGGAGUGUCCGGUGAAAAAGGUUUCCUAUCCUUGGUUGAACCAUCUUUAACUCCUCAUAAAAAAAAUAUUCAACUAAUUAAUUUUCAUACAGGUUAUUGGACUACACUUGCACAAUGUGUUGCUACAAAUGUACAUUUGGAGAUAAGUAGUUUACAAUGUCUUGGUACACAUUCUGGUGAUCGAUUAGGUCUUAUUGUAAGUCGACGAUGUGGUUUGAUUGAAUUAUGGGAUGAACGUUUCCCUAAUAAACCAGUUAUUGAAUAUUAUGGUUCAGAUGGUUCUAAUCUAAUGUCAGUUGCAUCGCAUAUUCCACCUUUUCCAGUUGUCGAUCCUGUCUUACAGACAACAAUUGCUUGUUCACUAUUACCAAAUCAUCAUAUUGGUAUAUGGGAUAUACAUACAGGUAAUGUGAUUGAUGUCUAUGAACUUCCACAGCAUUCAUGUCGACCUGUGUCUUGUCCACCACCAUUUUUAAUUCAUCGAACAAGUUGGAGUAGUCGAAAUGAUGGCGAAACACAUAAUACACCAUCCUGUUUACUAUUGGAUGGGAAUUAUAUCCAGUGUUUUGAGUAA